UAGUCCGUAUGCUUGUUGUGUAGUAGUUUUUCUUCCUGUUUAUAAUUUUCAUGAAAAAUAACGGAAAAUGCCGCGUAACUGUAAACCUUUAUGUUAAGAUUUAAACCUUAAUUAAUUCGCCACUAUUAUGUGUUAAGCUAAUUGUUUAUGUGUGUUAUGAGUGGUAAAGUUAUCAAGUCGAGAAUGAAACAUACUUUUGCAUUGAAAUAAAUAAUUAAAGCGAUAGCAGCAAGAAUGGAGCAUUCGGAUUUGGUAGCCGAGAUGGCUCAGGUGGAGCAUCUAACUACACAAGAGAGGCUCCACUUGGCUCGAAGACGACGUAUGCAGCAGUUGAAGCUAUGGCAGCAGAGAGAGAAGGAGUGGGCGAGGACGAGAGCAAAACGUGAGAAGAGCAACAAGCGAAGCAUAUACUUUAGUGAUAGCGUCAUGUUGCUCGAGGCGGCGGCGAGGAACGACAUCGAGGAAGUUCGAAGACUUUUAGCACGCGGCGUAACCCCCGACGCAACGAACGAAGACGGUUUAACCGCAUUACAUCAAUGCUGCAUCGACAAUAACGAAGCCAUGAUGAGAUUACUCCUCGAUCACGGAGCAAACGUAAACGCGGAAGACAGCGAAAAAUGGACUCCACUACACGCGGCAGCUACUUGCGGAAACCUAAAUCUUGUUAGAAUAUUAAUACAGCGUGGAGCGAAUCUUCUGGCAGUAAACGGCGAUGGAAACAUGCCUUACGAUAUCUGCGAGGAGGAGAGGACACUGGAUGCCAUCGAAAGCGAAAUGGCUGCUAGAGGAGUGACACAGGGGCUGAUAGAUGAGACCCGGGCGGCGACAGAGAUGCAAAUGUUGUUGGAUGUCGACGAAUUGGUCAAGCAAGGGAUGGACUUAGACGAGCCGAGAGACAGCCAGGGUGCAACUUUGCUCCACGUGGCGGCAGCGAACGGCUACAUCAAGGUGGUGGAGUUCCUGCUGGAGCACCGCGCGUCCUCCGACGUGGUGGACCACGACAUGUGGCAGCCCGUGCACGCCGCCGCCUGCUGGGGACAUUUAGAAGUAUUAGAAGUACUGGUACAUUACGGAGCUGAUCUCAAUGUAAGGAACAAGCAUGACGAAACGCCAGCAGAUAUAUGCGAGGAGGGCGAGAUGCGCGCGCGCAUCCUGCGCCUCGCGGCCGAGCAGGAGGAGGUGCGGCGCCGCGCCGCCAGCGUCGCCGGCGAGCGUCUGCGCGCCGCCCGCCGCUCCUCCUCCAGCGCCUCCACCAGCAGAGUGCGCUCGGUGCGGCGCACGUCGCUGCGCGAGAAGCAGCUGGCGGCCAAGGCGGACGCGCGCGGGGAGGCGCGCCUGCGCGAGACCUUCGACUCGGCCGGCGACGACGACUACCAGGGGCUGUCUAAUGGCAUGGAAAAUGACCAGAACACGGCCAACAUAUCCGCCGAUUUGUCGCAUACUCGGUUAUCAAUUAGCUCGACGACAUCUAAUCAGAGUUACGAGUCUGGAAAUGUGGACUAUGCCGUCCCUAAACAUUCAUACAAUCAAAAGGGAGCGCAUAGAUUAGACACAAUCGAUUCAAACGAAAACAUCACCUUCAACCAACCCAAGAUAUCGAAUCCCCUGUUCGGGGUGAACGCCGCAUCGCAUUAUUCACCGAGCCCGAUACACGAAGCUAGUAAUGACGGGAAACACUUCGAGCGAUUGCCCAACGGAAUAAGGAAGGCACCGGAAGGUCAAGACAACGAAGCAUUCAAAACAGAGGACGCGAUUGACGGUAGGAAAGAGGUGAUAAUGAGCCCAAACCCGAUCGCGAUCGCUGAAGGUGGAACCGCGACCUACACCACAGACAAUAAUGGUAAAAUCAAUGUUCAUGUCACCGUCAUGAUUAAUGCAGGAACAUUAGCGGAUUUGAAAAAGCAGCGAGCACAGAUAAGAACGAACGGCAGUCCAGUGGAAAACAGCGUGAAUUCCACAACGAACCACAGCCUCACCUCGAUACCAGAGGUCGGAAAGCAGGAAACCCAAGUACAGAUAAGUCCUCCCACUCUAACGCCCAGCACCGGAACGGUCCCGAGGUUUUCGGGGCACACCAGUGACGUCGUCGGCGAUACGAAAUCGCACCGGUGCUGUAUUAUAAUGUAAUUAUCGAUUGUUUCCCAUCACUACUGUAUGAGACCAUUCGAUGCGUACAAGUCUGAUCGUCAUUCCAAAAAGUAAUUUAUUCUGCGCUCGCUUAGAUUAUGUUUAAUGUUGGGGCGUAUGUCGAAGGGAGAUUAAAGCGUUGACACUAUAUUUGUUAUUUUAUAUCUGUAAAAAAAAAUACUCGUCCUGUCAUGUCUUCUACGUUGAGAUUACAUUUUUAAAUUUGGAAUGGAUUUGAAAUGUCUCGGUAAAAUAUUGUCUGUAUCAUAAAAUAAAUUAUGUACACAAUUCACAAAUAUAAUGUCAAUACUGUUAGUGUUCGUGGAAUGAAUAUUGCCAUUUUUGCUCACGAAGCAAGGGCUUGCCAAUGUGCUAGAAACGUGUGAUAAUGUUAAGAGCUCAAUGGUUUAUAUAAUGUAAUAUAUUAUUAUAUAUGGUUGCUAUUGUUUUGAUAUAGUUAAAAUAUAGUAUCGUUUGUGAAAUUAUAAUUAGUGUCGUGUAUUAUUUUGUGGUUAUGUCUAUGUAAUCAAUAAACAUUCCUGUUAGAUCCAUCAUAGAAUCUUAUUUAAUACAGAAUUUGAACAAGUAUUAUAAUAAUUUACGAAAAUUGUAUAAAAUUUGUUUGUAAUUUGCA